GUCUUAAAGUAGCUACGGAUGCCAAACACUGCCAUAAAAGGAAGGACCGACUCUAGAGAACGUUGGCCUCCGUCUGCCUUGAAUGCCACACGUUUUUCGGGUUGCUCUGCCUUCUCACCGUUCCCCUCCUUCUCACUCUUUGUCUCAGAUGCCUCUGGACUGGUUGCCGCGUUGGCUCAGUUUGCCCACCUCGCGGCAGAUGCCAUCGUGAACGGCAGCGCCACCUCCCAUCUUGCCCCGACGGAUCACGCUGACAAACUGACCGAAUCCUGCAGGGACUGUGGGCAACACAGCCUGGAUUACUUGAAGAAGCUCAAAGACAAACAGUCUCUCCGAGAAGCAGAUCCAGCAGAGCUGAGGACAACUCUGCAGAGGCUGUUCCAGCUAGGACAGGAACUGAGGCCCAAAAGUUUGGACAUCCGGGAAGAAGAACUGGGCGACUUGGUUGACAAAGAGAUGGCCACCACUUCUGCGGCAGUGGAGGAUGCCGUGAGAAGAAUAGAG